GGCUGCUUCUGUCUUGGGUCAUUUGAUCACGUGACAGCUUGCUCGACCUACACUUUGGAUGACACGCCGACAAGAGUGAACUUUCAGAUUUUCGUCUUUCUCUCUCACCUUUCUCAGCUAUAUGAAUUUUGUUAUUAGUAAAACGUGGGAUGGUGAAGCAGUCGACCAUGAUCCAGUCAGAAUUGAACUGCAGCCAGAUUCAGACAGUGGAUGUUGUCUGCAUGUGGUGGCUCCAUUCUUCAGUGAUCCACCAUCACCAGCAGGUUCCCCUGGUCAACCAUUCCCCUGCCUGUGGGACUAUGAAGUUGUCGAAGCCUUCUUUCUGAAUGACAAGGAAGAGUAUCUGGAAGUGGAGCUGUGCCCUCAUGGUCAACACUUAGUACUGCUGUUGAAAGGAAGGGAAAAUAUUGUCCAGGAGCAGCUACCACUAGAGUUCUCGGUGAGGAUAGAGAAUAAUAUAUGGCAUGGGGAGACAACUCUUCCACUGAGUUACUUUCCUCCCUGUGUCUCAAAGUUUAAUGCAUUUGCAAUUCAUGGAUCAAAGGAGAAGCGAGUCUAUGAAGCUUUAUACCCUGUCAAACAAGGAAAAUUCACUGAACCAAAUUUCCACAGACUGGAAUAUUUUCAACACUUUGAUAUGAAGUCUCUGAUAACUUCAAACUGGACUGAUUAUAAUUCUAGUGUCUGGAGUGAACAUAUUUCAUAGACAAGCAACUGAAGUCUUAAAAAAAAGAAAAAAAGAUUUAUUAUUUUAUUUUAGUAGUUUGAGAUCUUGUCAUUUUCUACAUAAUACAAAAAGUCUUAAUAGACUGGGCUGGGUUUUUUUUUGUUCAGCAUACAUGAAUGGAUGACAACUAAAUGAAUGGAACAAGAACAAGAAUAACCAAAAUGGUGGCAAUAUCAAAUUGGAUCAUCUGAUGAUUUUACUGUAAAUAUUACUUAUGUGGAUUUUAAACUAUAUUAAGCAUUGUAGGGAGUAACCAAUUUGUUUGUUUACCUCUAUUAAAAAAUAAACAAGAAUAAAAAUAA